AUGGAUGUCUCCCGUUUGAUGGUCCAUGCACACAAAAAAAAGCUUAAGGAGAAAACUAAGGAUUCAAAGAGGGUGAGAAGGGAUGAUGGCGAUUCUUCACAUUCAAGGUCCGGUGGAGGUAAUUGUUCUCGAGGUAAGGAUUCUAGUGAUUAUAUGUGGCCCGAGUGUAGGGAGAGUAGAAGAAGACAUGAGGGUAAAUGCUUGAUCGGUACGGAUGAUUGCUUUGGUUGUGGUAAGAGUGGCCAUAAGAUUAGGGAUUAUCCAUCACUUACGGCUAAGGGAAGAGAUGGUAGGCAAGUUCAAUCUAGUGGUUUCGGUUCAAGUGCCCCGAAGCAAUAUAUGUUUUAUGCUCUUCAGAUUCGAAAAGAUCAUGAGGCUUCUCCGAAUUUAGCGAUUGGUAAGUUAUGGUCUUUAAGCUUGUGGUUACGCAUUCCUUGA